GAUGAAUCUGCUGUCAAAUUGGAAAACACUAGUGAUGUUAUCACAAACGAUGUAGCAACAUUGUUGUCAUUGGAUAGUAUGGAUGAUACUUUCAUAUCGACUGCUGAUACAACGUCUCACGAUUUUAAGACGCGGAAGAAACCCUGCGACAGCAAGAACAGCCUUAGAGGUCACCGGCGCAACCACGUCACUGAGAAGACCAAGGACCUCGAUCACACCUCUCGAGUCAAGAAAACACACAUAUGUGACACUUGCCACAAACGUUUUAAGUUAAAAUGUAAUCUAAUUAAACAUAUACGUACUCACUCCGAGGAAGGAAAUCUCUCUUGUAACAUGUGUAAGAAACAAUUUACACAACAAUCUUACCUGGAUAGACAUGUCUUACUACAUACCGGAAACAAACGACAUUCAUGUCAAUAUUGCCAAAAAGAAUUCACACAUAAAUUUCAUUUAAACGCCCAUUUAAAAUGUCACACCAAGGACAAGAGAUUUUCCUGUGAAACAUGCAACAAAACAUUUACAAAACAAUAUAACUUAAAUAUUCAUAACCGCGUACACACGAGAGAUAAACCCUAUAAAUGUGAAGUGUGCAAAAAAGGGUUUAAAUAUGAAUGUACUUUAAAAGCGCAUUUUAAAUGUCAUACCGGAGGAUAUCAGUUCUCUUGUGAUAUUUGUCAAAGACAGUUUUCACAGAAAUCGAAUCUGCUCAAACAUAAAUUAAUCCAUACUGGAGAAAAGUCUCACUCCUGUGAAGUAUGCAAAAAACAGUUUGCAUUAAAGGGCACAUUAAAUAAACAUAUGUUAAUUCAUACAGGUAAUUAUCGGUUUACUUGCGAAAUUUGUAAAAGAAAAUUUUCAGAACAGUUUACUUUGAACAUACACAAACGUGUGCACACAGGUGAAAAGCCUUACUCUUGUGAGGUAUGUAAAAAACAGUUCACUUUAAAAGGUACUUUGAAUAAACAUAUUCUUACGCACACGGGAAAUAAACUAUUCUGUUGUGAUAUUUGUGGAAAACAGUUUAUACGUGAGACUCAAUUAACUGUGCACAUUAAUGGUCAUAAGGGGGUAAAGCCAUUUUUCUGUGAGACAUGUAACAAGCGAUUUACUCAAAAAAGUAGUUUAAGAGCCCAUAAUUUAAUACAUACAGGAGAAAAAUCCUACUCCUGCGAAAUAUGUCUUAAGCCGUUCCGAACAAAAACUAAUUUGAAAGGCCACAUGCUGACACACGAUAGGCUUAAAUUGCAUUCAUGUGAAGCAUGUAAUAAGCAAUUUACACAUAAGUCAGCUUUAAUUGUUCAUAGCCGAAUCCACACUGGAGAGAAACCGCACUCGUGCGACGUAUGCAAUAAAGAAUUUACGGUACUAUCUACCUUGAAAUUCCAUUAUCGUACUCACACUGGUGAGAAGCCACAUACUUGCGAAAUUUGCCAUAAGAAAUUCGCACAUCCUUCAAGUUUUAGAAAACAUAAACGUAUACAUAAAGAGAAAUGCUACCCUUGGUGAAAGUAAGGGUAAAUGUUCUUAUUAUUUAUUAAAUAAUUAUCAGUUCCAUAUUCAGGUUAGGUUAGGUCAAAUUUAAAUGCUAUGGGCCAGGCAUCCUUUCAGCAAGUACGCUUCAAUAGCAUUAAUCGUCAAUACCUAAUUUUACUUAAAAAUGUCAUUAUGUGGAUAACUUAUGAUGCCAAGUUGUUUUCAAUUACAAAUCUUUGUUUCUUUUUACUGUACUAUACCCUAUUUUAGUAGUAAAUAUACUUACUCGCAUUUGUUUGUUUGUUAAUAUGUUGUACAGUCAGCAGCAGAUAUACCUGAGCGGGCAAGGUAUCCAAGAAAACAUAUACACUUCAAUCGUCACAAAAAUAAGGACAUCUAAGAUGUCAUUUUCACGUAGGCUUUCAGUUCGUCACAAAUACCUUAACUUCUGAG